AUGAUGUACAACGAAAGCAAGUCCCCGCUUGCCGCGCUUACCAGGCAAAUCGGCGGAGAGGGGCAAAUCAUCUCCUUGAUUAUGACGUUCAGUGAAAGCGUCUUGCAAGAUCUUGAUAUGGAAGCUGCCUUCAAGGGAAUGGAUGCUGAAGCUCUUGCUGAUCACAUGACGAACCUCAUCACGAGAGUUUUCGGAUACACAAAAAAGUCCAGCAUGACCAACAGUAUCAUCCGCUGCCAAAUUGUCUUGAGGAGCUACGCUCUCUUCGAACUUGGAUUGAGUCGUGGUCAACUGCACAAGUUACAGCUUCACUUUGAAUCCGCAAUGCGUGAUUCCAAGGUCGAAGGAGAUGUGUUUGAACACUGCAAGGAUCGUUUCACCGACAUUUGCAUCAUGUUCAAUUCACGGAGUAGAAGCCUUCAACGGAGCUCUUCUUCCAAUUCGAUUCAUGAUCCAGCAGGAAUUAUGAUUCGAGCUGCCUCCAACGACCGUUUAAAAGGAGGCCUUCAACGAAGCUCUUCUUCCAGGUUGAUUAAUGAUCCAGCAAGGACGAUGUCCAAGAACCGUUUGAUCGGAGGCCUUCAACGCAGCGCUUCUGUCAGGUCGAUCCUCAAUGAUCCAGCAAAGACCACGACGGUGCCUCGACCUUCCUCCAAGAACAGUUUGAAAGGAUGCUUUCAACGAAGCUCUUCUUCCAGGUCGAUCCGCAAUGAUCCAGCAAAGAUCAUCAUGGUUCGAAAUGCCUCCAACGACCGUUUGAAAGGAGGUCUUCAACGCAGCUCUUCCUCCAGGUCGAUCCUCAAUGAUCAAUCAAAGAUCGUGAUGGCUCGAGCUGCCUCCAGCGACCUCUUCAAAGGCCUUCAACGCAGCUCUUCUUCCAGGUCGGCAAUGCUCAGUGAUCCAGCAAGGGUCAUGAUGGUUCAAGCUGCCUCCAACGAUGGCUUGAAACAAGGAGGGCUUCAGCGCAGCUCUUCUUCCAGGUCGAUCCUCAAUGAUCCAACAAAGACCAGCUCUUCUUCCAGGGCGAUCCUCGAUGAUCGAGCAAAGAUCCUGAUGAUCCGAGCUGCCUCCAACCGCCGCGAAUGCACUAUCGUGAAUGCACACAGAGCCUCCAACAUCCGCUGUUUGCUUCCGAAUAAAGCUGCUGCUUGUUGA